AUGGAAAUCGACGAACCAGUGGGAGAUUUCGAGCCAUCAAUCAAAGCGUUACCAUCCUUUCCCCUACCAUCAUUACCUGACGCACCAUCGAAAUCUGUUCUUGCGCUUCAAGGGUUAGACCAGGCUCUAAUUGACGCGGAUGUCGUUCACCCAUCGACUAUUCUUCCAAUACCUGAUGCCGAGGACGAUGAUGGAGGGACGCGUUUGAGCGCCAAGAUUCGAAAGCGUCUGAAAAGCAUUGGUAUUACAGAGCUAUUUGCAGUGCAGACGAGUCUCUUGCCGUUUCUCCUUCCCCAUGAUCCGCUAGCCAGACGUCUUUAUCUUCCCUAUGAUCCUCCAAGAGACGUUUGUAUUUCAGCUCCCACAGGUAGUGGGAAGACCUUGGCCUAUGUGCUUCCGAUAGUUGAGACUCUUUCCCCACGUAUCGUCACUCGCUUGCGUGCACUUGUGGUGUUGCCUACACGAGAUCUGGUCUCUCAAGUCCGGGAAACAUUUGAAGCUAUCACCAACAACCGAGGUCUUAAGAUCGGGACGGCUACAGGUCAGAACUCCUUCGCGCAUGAACAAGCACAAUUGGUGAAUAAUGUGUUACCGAGCAAAGUCGACAUUCUAAUAUGCACCCCGGGACGAUUGAUGGAUCAUCUUAUGGGGACGCCUAACUUCUCUUUACAGCACCUUAGAUUUCUUGUGAUUGACGAGGCCGACCGACUUUUGGCGCAGUCUUUCCAAGACUGGCUGUCGCGAGUUCUCGCAGCUACCAGACCUCACGUAAAAAGCAGUUCCUCUUCGAGCUCACCCUCUCCACAUUCCCUACCGGAAUCGGAUGGACUUUCUCCAGCCUUCUUACAAAGGCUGUCCCUUCCUGACAUUCCAGCAUUUCAGCAUGAAGAAAAAGAGACUUCCUGUCAAAAAUUGCUCUUCUCGGCAACCCUUACGCGAGAUCCUGCAAAGAUCGCUGCUCUGAACUUACGAGAUCCCAAAUACUUUAUUGUGCAAAGCAGAACGGAUGGCGAGGAGCUACAUGUCUUAGAAAACUAUUCUAUGCCACCGACGCUAACCCAUAUGAUUGUAUCUAAUUCCUCGAAAAAGCCGCUGGUUUUCUUCCAUCUCAUUCACCGACAAAAAAUGAGAAAUGUGCUGGUAUUUACGAAAUCUGCCGAUUCGACAACGCGUCUCGUCCGUCUUUUUGAGUUUUUUGAGGAGGCGCGGUUGGAGAAGGAGCCUGGAACCGCUGGUGAAGAGUCAAUCAUCGCACGCGCCUACUCCAGUGAUCUCCCUCCUAGCGAGCGAAAAGCCAUUUUAGACCAGUUCAAGGCGCAACAAAUCCAUAUUUUGAUUUGCUCUGACUUGAUUUCGCGAGGCAUAGAUAUCACCCACGUAUCCCAUGUCGUGAAUUAUGAUGUACCUGUCGACAUGCGCAAGUACGUUCACCGAGUUGGACGCACUGCGCGUGCAGGCAGAGCUGGGGACGCUUGGACGCUCGUCGAAGAACAGGAGGUUUGUUUUUCACAUUCUAUGCGACGGCUAUAUUGA